UAACAAUGAUAUGACACCACUAAUGAUCUCUGUUGGUUCGAAUAAGGUAGCUCUGGCUCAUCAACUAUUAGAAUCAGGAGCUAAUCCAAAUAUUGCUAAAAAAGAUGGUGACACAGCACUUCAUAUUGCUUGUUAUUAUGGGCAUGUAAAAAUGGUGAGGCAAUUACUUAAAUUUAAUGCUGAUCCUUGUGCUCUUAAAGCUGAUGGGUGGACGCCAUUAAUGGUCGCUAUUCCUUCAAACCACGUUAAGGUCAUCGAAAUACUUUUAAAACAGGGAAAAGUUGAUCCUAAUAUGCAAAAUAAAAAUGAUGGCGACAACCCCCUUUUAAUAGCUAGCUGGAACAAUUGCACUGACAUAGUGCAGGUAUUACUUUCCAAUGGUGCAGAUCCAAAUAUAACUAAACAUGACGGGUGGACACCUUUGAUUGCUGCUAGCCUAUUAGGUCAUUUGAGUAUAGUUGAAGCACUUUUUCAGAAGGGAGCUUUCAUCAAUACUCAAGCUAAAGAUGGUGUGACACCAAUUUAUGUUGCAAGUCAAGAUGGGCAUGCAAUGGUUGUUCGUUUUUUGCUUGAAAAGGGUGCAGAUUUUUAUCUGACAAAGACAGACAGUGAAACAUCAAUCACCACUAGUCCAUUGGUUAUUGCAUGCCAAAAUGGACACAGUAAUGUUGUAGAGCUUUUACUUGAAAAAGACAUUGAACAGAUUAAUACAAGAAAUCCAGAAAGUGGUGCUACUCCUCUCUUUAUUGCUUCUUAUCACGGUCAGGCUGCUGUUGUAAAAUUGCUACUUAUGAGAGGAGCAAACCCAUCUAUCAAAGAUAAAAACAAGCAAACUCCUAUUGAUGUUACAAAAGACAAUUUAUGCAAAGAGAUUCUCCGAGAAGCUGGUGCAAUUGAAACUAAGCAGGCUUUACCACAAAGAAUUAUCUCAAAUGCUAAAAAUUUUACUACACGUUUAGUUGGUAACUUAAGACGCCGAUUUAUUGGAUCUUCUAAUUAAAGCACUUUUUACUCACAAUAUUUUAGCUGUAUAGUAGUUUCAAAACUCAAUUCCAGUUAUGGACACCCUUUUAUGAUGAUAGGAUUAUUGCCUUUUAAACCUCUUUUUAUUGUUCUUACUAUCAUUGUUAUUGUUUUUAUUGUU